CGUGAUAGCUGACAGCACUCGCGCGAUAGACACGCCGAAAAAACGUUUAGACAUCACGAUUGCUUUGGAGUCCCAGCUGAGUUAGAAGAGAAGAGGAAAUAAGAACGGAAAGACACUUUGUCAGCACGGGACGUCUCACGGAUAGAUGGAGCUCGAUGUGUGAGUGUGCGUGCGUGCGUGCGUGCGUGCGUGCGUGCGUGCGUGCGUGCGUGUGUGUCGGGUUCGGAAUCGCAACACAGGCCUGGCUGUGGACUGGGAAACGGUUGACCAAAGAAAGCGAUUGUUUACAAACAAGAGACAAUCGUGUAGUCCAUGCUCAGAGACUCAGAGGUCAGAUCGUCAGAUCAGAUUCUCUUCACAAAUCAGUGUACUGACGACCGUCGCACAGUGUAGACCUGCGGAGCCGAGUUCAUGAAAGUGGAAGGCAAAAGAACUCGCAGACGUAAGUAUAUAUUUAAUUACAAAUAUUUAUUGUAUGUAGAUAUUUUACUAUUAAAAUUAUUAUAAUCUUUUUUAGCUAAGAGUGACGGUUGUGUUACAUGCGUGUCAGAGACGGCACCGCUGCCGUAUAAAAAGAUAUCGCGAUCGGUGCAUAAGAGGACGACGGCAGCGACGGCGCCGCUACCAGCGGAUGAAAGGACAAUAGCGACGAUGCCGCUCCCGGUCUACGAGAGAAUAGCGACAGCGACGGCGCCGCUACCGGUGUACAAGAGGAUGAUGGCAGCGACGGCGCCACUACCAGCGCGUGAAAGGACGACAGCGACGGCGCCGCUACCAGCGCAUGAAAGGACGAUAGCGACGGCGCCGCUACCAGCGCAUGAAAGGACGACAGCGACGGCGCCGCUACCGGUAUACGAGAGAUCAACAGCGACGGCGCCGCUAUUGGCACACGAGACGACGACAGCGACGGCGCCGCUACCAGCGCAUGAAAGGACGACAGCGACGGCGCCACUACCGAUAUACGAGACGACGACAGCGGCACAUUACAUGCAGGCUAUUACCUGGAAGGGUCGAGACGGAAUUAACAAGGUAUGUAUCAAUCACAUUUUUUUAAAUACUAGAACAUUACGGCUGCGUUCGGAAACAUCACCUGAGUGAUCUCGGGUAUUAUUCUAUCAUUGUUGUUCGUUGAAUGUGAGACAAGGAUAGAAUGAUAUCCAAGAGCACUCGGGUGACGUUUCCGAACGCAGCCUACAUUGCACGCGCUUUGCACUAUUUAGCCUUUUUAUAAUAAAUCUGUUAGAUUAUAAUAAACUUUUAGAAAAAAAUUACAUAUUUUAAAAA